AUGCCCGGGAAACGAAGCAAGGUCACUUCAGUUGUGUCUCGGUCAACAAAGUCCGAAGAAACAACUCCUCCACCAGCAGAUAAUGCGCAGGAUAUCUUCCGCAAAUACUUCGAGGCUCAAUUUCAGCCGCUAGAUUUGCCUUCCAAGUCCGCAGAUGACUCUGACUCCAACGAGGAUGCCGAUGAAGAUGAUGAAGACUUUGAGGAUGAAAAUCAUUCAGAGAACGAGGAUUGGGAUGGCGUAUCGGACGAAGACGAAGAUAUGCCUCAAGUGGAAGUUGUUGAGCACAAGGACGCGCAGAUGACAGAUGAAAUGAUGGAUAAGAAAGCACGCAAGGCAUUUUUGAGCGGAAAACUACCAUCAUUAGAUGGCCCGAGCAAGAAACCCGAGCAACCAGUUACUAAAGAGGAGCAACAAGACGACGCAGUUAACUUGAAACAUGACCUCGCACUACAAAGACUUCUACGCGAAUCCCACCUCCUUGAAGAUGCAUCCGAUCUCGAUCCAACUGGAAAAAAUCGCUUGAAGGCCUUGGACCUACGCAUGCAAUCUCUCGGUGCUAAGACAUCCCUGUAUAGUCAAAAGAUGCCUUCCUCGCACCGAAAGGGCAUCAAAGCCAAAGCCGCAUCGAAGGAAUCAAAGCGCCGUCUUGAAGCCAAGGAGAAUGGAAUUAUUUUGGAACGACCUUCCAAGGUUACCAAAUCGAGUUCCGGGUCCGGGAAACGAGACCGGGGAAUUGGAGGUUCUUCGAUUGGAAAAUUCUCAGGUGGAACCCUCAAUCUGAGCAAGCAGGAUUUGCAUUCUAUGAAAUCCGCUCCAAGUCGCUCUGGGCGAGGUGGAAGAGGUGGAAGAGGUGGAAGAGGGAGGGGUGGAAGGGGUGGAAGAGGAGGCAAGAGAGGGCGCGGUUGA